AUGACCAGCCAUCGUAUACAGGCAAGUUUAGUGACUUGGUUUGGCAAAAAUGACAGUCAUAUACCGAUACAAAUUGACAAAUCUGGAUCAAAUGACACACAUAAGGAACCUGUACCAAAGAAGGCAAAAGUGGAAAAACGUUUCCAAAGUGACUGGCUAACGAAAUACAACUGGUUACGUUUUGACAGUUCACUUGGAAUGAUUUGUGAUGUUUGUGUUUGUGACACCAAAACCAACGCAUUCACUGUUGGCUGCCAUAAUUAUAGGCAUUCCACACUGGUCAGGCACAUGAAAGCUGAUGACCACAAAUCUGCUGUUCAGGCUACAUGUCUAAGACAGGAGAUGUCCACAGUUGUCUCAAAAGUGCUGAGUGACAAAGAAUAUGCAGUUCGAUCUGCAAUGUUGAACAUAUAUUGGCUUGCUAAGGAACAAAUUGCCUCAUCCAAAUGUUCUGCAUUGAUGGAAUUAUGCAUGCUGCAUGGUUUGUCAUUUCCAAAAACAUUAGGUGGUGAUUCAGACUCGAUGAAAUACACAUCUCACUGUGCAGUUGACGACAUGCAAUAUGCCAUUGCUGAUUCCCUUCGCGACUCAGUAACCAACAAGAUCAGUGCCAGUCCUUGUUUGUCCAUAUUGAUUGAUGAAAGCACAGACAUAUCAGUUACAAAGAAGCUCCUGAUAUACACGAAAUCACUCACUUCAUCCUUUGAUGUUGAAACCAAUUUUCUUGCAAAUGUGCAAAUUCCUGAUGGCAAGGCUAAUACUCUCCUAGGGGCUGUUAAGAAAACUUUACUUGAUCGUGGUAUUCCGAUGUCCAAAAUCAUAGCUGUGGGGUCAGAUGGGGCUGCUGUUAUGACUGGACGGAACAAUGGUUUUGUGGCACUGCUCAACAAGGAGUCAGCUGUACCUGUUGUGGGUGUCCACUGUAUUGCUCACCGCCUUGCUCUAGUCACCAGCCAGGCUGCUGAAAAAGUUCCUUACCUGAAGAAAUUUCAAGGCACUCUAUCGGACGUAUUUUAUUUCUUCAAGAAAUCUUCUGUCAGACGGGAGCGUCUUUAUGCAUUAGAGGAGGUACUUGAAUUCGACAAUGUUACUUACAAAGAGAUUCACAAUGUCCGAUGGUUCUCAAUCUACAGUGCUUUGGAGGCUGUAUUUAGGUAA